GCCCAGGCAGCAGCAGAAGUUCGUUAUUAAUGUCAGGACUUCCUCCUGUCUGUUAGUCACCAGUCUACUGCCGGAGGCUCCCAACGGUUUUACACAGAUCUUCCAUCCUGUCGAAAUGAAACGGAACUUUUACGGUACAAAACAGAAUUGUUGAUUCUGAUGGACCCGUAACCUUCUUUCCAGAGACCACGAUGUGAAUAAAUAGUCACUUGCAGGAGUUAUUGGUGGAUUUUUGUGGUUACUGAAAGGCGGGACGUGGUCUGACCAUACUGGGGCGGAGGAGCGGUUGGUCAACCAUGCUGUGGCCAGGUUUAGCGCACUGGGUAGCGGCUGUGUUUCUCUGUCGGGUCGCCUCGGCGCAGUACACCAGCGACCAGUGCAGCUGGAGAGGAAGUGGUCUGACCCAUGAGUCUCACUCCCGUGAUGUGGAGCAGGUAUACCUGCGUUGCUCCCAGGGCAGUCUAGAGUGGCUCUAUCCUACUGGGGCCCUCAUCGUCAACCUGCGGCCCAACACGGAGCCCACGUCUGGGGCUUCCCCCGGCCUGCACGCCUGCAUCAAGCCCCAGACAGACUCCCGCGGAUCACACCUCUACCUGGAGAGAGCUGGACAGCUCCGCCUGCUGAUGUCUGAGACAGAACAGGCGCAUGGCAGGGUGCAGUGUUUCUCCCUGACAGAGGGGGCGCUGUUCAUAGAGGCAGUGGGCCAGCAGGACAUCAGCAAGAGGAUCACAGUGUUUCAGUAUGAACUGGUGGCCAGCCACGGACCUGGAGCUCAUCUGUACCCACACCUCAACACUGGCACUGGUAAGAGACCAACACACACACACACCUCAACACUGGCACUGGUAAGAGACCCACACACACACACACCUGAACACUGGACCUGGAAAUCUUCGGGUCGUGGCAGUAUCCGUGGCGUUGACACGCCCUCGUCAUCAGACCACUCCUCCGUUGCCGUGACGCUAAGCCGCCUGUUCCAUCAGAAGAGCGGAGUGUUCUCUUGGGACGGAGCCAGAGGAAAGGGGUGGUCCGGACGUCUGAACACGCCCCUGCGGUGCCGGCUGCAGCCGAGGGAGAAGGGGGACUUCCUGUUCACGGGGGCAGUGCGGUUCGGAGAGGCGUGGCUUGGCUGUUCCCCGCACUACCGCCACUUUCUGAAGCUCUACCGGACCGCCCUGGAGACUGGAAGUAACCCCUGUCACAUGGACAUGGACACAGACUGAGGCACGCCCCUUCCGCCAAGGAGACAACCAAUCAGGGAACAGGAUUGGGAAACAAACUCAGCGAAUCAGGGACAUAUCAGAGAGAGGGCUGGGUCGCUGGCUGGACUGACAGGGCCCUGAUCCAAUCAGAGGAGGGAGGUCGUAAAGGGGCGGAAUCUUUGAUAUGCCUGAGAGGUGAUUGGACGUGGUCCCAAGCCCUGCUAACCGAUUGGCUGAAGCUCUUACAGUUGCCUAGCAGCAAGGAUAGUUGGCCUGUGUCUGAACAGUUCUAAAGCCAUCUGUCAUCAUAGAAUGUCUUAAGACGCUGGUGUGUGUGUGUCUGUGUGUGUGUCUGUGUGUGUGUGUCUGUGUGUUUGGAAAUAUAUGUAAAUAUGAUCAUUGUUGUAAUGAAAGUUUGUUUCGUGAAAAGCUCUAUGUUUACAGUUUAGAGGUUGUCUUCUGACCGAAGUGUAUAGUGGGUUCCUGCACAGCGUGUGUCUUAGCGUGUUCGUGUGUGUCUUAGCGUACUCUUGUGUGUGUUUGUGUGUGCGCACUAGGGAGUGUGUGAACGUGUAUGUACUAGCCUGUGAAUGCGUGUGUGCGCUAGUGUGUGUGGUUCUGCACUAGCUUGUGUGAAGGUGUGUGUGUGUGAAGGUGUGUGUGUGAAGGUGUGUGUGUGUGUGAAUGUGAAGGUGUGUGUGUGUGUGAAGUGUGUGUGUGUGAACGUGAAGGUGUGUGUGUGAAGGUGUGUGUGUGUGUGGGUGUGUGUGUGAAGGUGUGUGUGUGUGUGUGUGUGUGUGUGAAGGUGUGCGUGUGUGAACGUGUGUGUGUGUGAAGGUGUGUGUGUGUGAAGGUGUGUGUGUGUGAUGGUGUGUGUGUGAAGGUGUGUGUGUGUGUGUGAAGGUGUGUGUGUGAAGGUGUGAACGUGUGUGUGUGUGUGAACGUGUGUGUCUGCGACUGUGUUAAAGUACAAUAGCACUCUGGCUCUCUGUUCUAGGGAAUAAACUAUCUUCCUGGAGUCUUUA